CCUGGCACUGAGGACACCUUUCCUCCCAUCAGCUGCUUCUCUGAGUCAGAGCACAGCUCUGGUCACCUGCUGGCCUCUCCAGCUCAUCCCCCAAAGUGUGGGCCCCUAAGGGUCACCCCGUCCGCCCUCUCAGGACUCGGGAGUGUUAACAGCAGAGUCAGGUCCACAUGGACACACUGACAGCAGACCAGAGGCGCCUCUGGAAGGAGGAGUUCUGGCAGAACCCCUGGGACCAGGGGGGCCUGGCCGUGAUCAGCAUAUUCGUCAUCACCGUCCUGCUUCUCAUGCUGUUCGCCAUUGUGUUUGGGGCCCUCCCUCCUCCUGAGAAGGUGGACCAGUCUGAAGAGUCAUGACCUGACUUUCGGGGGGCCAAGGAGGGGGGCCACCUGUUCUACACUCUCCAAACACCGUGGGCCUUUCCCUCAAAGCCCCUUGAACAGCCUGGAUUAUACAUUUUAUGUGA